CGGAGCCACCACACGCGCAGCAGCUCCCUCUGCAGCGGGACGACUAGGGCCAGCGGCCAGCCUCUGGAGGUGAAUCCCGAAAGGCCCGUCAGCUGCCUGACCCCACCGGACCCCGCACCGGGCGCCAGGCAGUGACUUCCCAGGGUGACUCCGAAGGCGGAAGAUGGCUGCCCGAGGGCAGGUGCAGCCGGGGCCGCUGCUGCUGGGUCUGCUCCUCCUGGUUCAAGGUGCCCAGGCUGCGGGCUCCCGGGAGGACUUCCGCUUCUGCGGCCAGCGGAACCAGACGCAGAAGAGCAGACUGAUUUAUGAGCAGCAGCAGACGCCGCUGCACAUCUCCAUCCAGAACGCGGAGCAUGCCCUCACCGUGCGCGCCCCCUUCCCUGGCGUCGCCGCCCACCGCUUCCCGGACCCCCGGGGCCUCUACCACUUCUGCCUCUCCUGGAACCGCCACGCCGGGGAGCUGCACCUGCUCUACGGCAAGCACGACUUCCUGCUGAGCGACCGGGCCUCCCGCCUCCUGUGCUUCCAGAGCCAGGAGCAGAGCCUGGCCCCGGGCCCCCACAUGCUCGCCACCUCCGUCAGCUCCUGGUGGAGCCCCCUGAACACCAGCCUGCCCAGCGCCGCCGGCUUCACCUUCUCCUUCCACAGUCCGUCUGUCCCCCCAGAUCCUCCCCAGAAGGCCUCCCACAAUGUCUCGGUGGACAUGUGCGAGCUGAAACGGGACCUCCAGCAGCUCAGCCAGCUUCUGAAGGCUCCUGGGAAAGCCCCAAGGAGGCCCUCGGCCACACCCACCCGCUCCAGCCAGCAGCUGCAGAGCCUGGAGUCGAAGCUGACCUCCCUGCGGUUCCCAGGGGACACGGUGUCCUUCGAGGAGGAGCGGGUCAACGCCACCGUGUGGAAGCUCCAGCCCACGGCCGGCCUGAGGGGCCUGCACCUGCACUCGGGGCAGGAGGAGGGCCCGGGGGAGGUGCGGGAGUACUCGGUGCUGCUGCCCCGCGCGCUCUUCCAGAAGGCCAAAGGCCGGAGGGGGGAGGCUGCCCAGAGACUCCUCUUGGUGGACUUCAGCAGCCAAGCCCUGUUCCAGGACCAGAAUUCCAGCCAAGUCCUGGGGGAGAAGGUGUUGGGCAUCGUGGUGCCCAACACCAAGGUCGCCAACCUCUCAGAGCCCGUGGUGCUCACCUUCCAGCACCAGCCGCAGCCGAAGAACGUGACUCUGCAGUGUGUCUUCUGGGUGGAAGGCUCGGCAUUGACGGGCACAGGGAGCUGGAGCAGCGCCGGGUGCAGGACCGAGAGCAGGGAGAUGCAGACGUCCUGCUUCUGUGACCACCUGACCUACUUCGCGGUCCUGAUGGUGGCCUCCGUGGAGGUGGACGCCGUGCACAAGCACUACCUGACCCUCCUGUCCUACGUGGGCUGCGUCAUCUCCGCCCUGGCCUGCGUCCUCACCAUCGCCGCCUACCUCUUCUCCAGGAGGAAGUCUCGGGAUUACACCAUCAAGGUGCACAUGAACCUGCUGAUGGCCGUCUUCCUGCUGGACGUGAGCUUCCUGCUCAGCGAGCCGGUGGCGCUGACCGGCUCCGAGGCCGGCUGCCGCGCCAGCGCCAUCUUCCUGCACUUCUCCCUGCUCGCCUGCCUCUCCUGGAUGGGCCUGGAGGGCUACAACCUCUACCGGCUGGUGGUGGAGGUCUUCGGCACCUACGUCCCCGGCUACCUGCUCAAGCUGAGCGUCGUGGGCUGGGGCUUCCCCGUCUUCCUGGUGACCUUGGUGGCGCUGGUGGACAUUAACAACUACGGCUCCAUCAUCCUGUCUGUGCAAAGGACCCCCGAGAGUGUCAUCUAUCCUUCCAUGUGCUGGAUCCGGGACUCGCUGGUCAGCCACAUCACCAACCUGGGCCUCUUCAGCCUGGUGUUCCUGUUCAACGCGGCCAUGCUGGCCACCAUGGUGGUGCAGAUCCUGCGGCUGCACCCGCGCACCGAGAAGUGGCCCCACGUGCUGACGCUGCUGGGCCUCAGCCUGGUCCUCGGCCUGCCCUGGGCCUUGGUCUUCUUCUCCUUCGCUUCCGGCACCUUCCAGCUGGUGGUCCUCUACUUCUUCAGCAUCAUGACAUCCUUCCAAGGCUUCCUCAUCUUCCUGUGGUACUGGUCCAUGCGGCUGCAGGCCCAGGGCGGGCCCUCGCCCCUGAAGAGCGGCUCGGACAGCACCAGGCUCCCCAUCACCUCUGGCAGCACCUCGUCCAGCUGCAUCUAGGCCGCCGGCCCGCCAGCCGGUGUGAGGAGGCAGCGAUUGGGCCUCGUACCACUGCUUGCACCCCUGCCGCCGCCGGGCCUGGCCAACGGCCCCGGGACCUCAGAGGGGCUGGAGCUGUCGCAUGGCGGCCGGACUCCCGGGCUGGGCCUUCUGAAUCGGCCCUCGGACCACCGGGCCCUCUCUAACAGGGCUCAGGAGCAGGACCAUCCUCCUGGCCGCCCUGGCCUGGGGCUGAAGGCCGGGCUGAACCGCAGGCCCCAGAGUCAGAUCGUGGGCCUCGGAGGCCUGGCAGAGCCGCUGGCGCCGUGCCUCUGCCCAGGAUGGACGUGGGCCGUGGCUUUCCUGCUUCUGGUGUCCCCGUCAUUGUAAACCAAGGGUGGCCCCCGGGGAAAGGGAUGGGGGCCGAGCUUCAGACCUCGGAGGAGGAGGAGGAGGAGACUCCUACCCCCAGCCCUUCCUGCAGCAGCUGCCCCGCCGCCGAGCUCAGGGCUCUGUGCUCUGUCAGCUUCCCCACCCUCCUCCCCCCGCCCCUGUCCUCCACUCACAGCCCGGUCCCCAGUUCUAAUGGUGUAUGUUGGGUCCUGGUUCCCCAGAGCAGCCCUGCACCUGCUGUAACCCUUUACCUACUGCCCGGGCCUUGGCGGGCCGCUGACUCAGGCUUAGUACAGGUGUUCUGGGCUGCGUCCGUUUGUCCACCUGGACCUCUCUGUAAGCUGCAUCACCCUCGUUCACUGCCAAGCCCAUACCUCUUGGGGGGCCUCAGCCAGCCCCCACCCCAAGGCCCACUGGUGGCAAGAACCGUGGCACGUGGUGGAGAAAGUCUGCUUCCACUCCAGCACUCUGCGGACGGAGGCACAUCUCAGCUGGUGACACGGGCCUAGAGCCCAUCGCAGUUCAUUCGGCUGGACACAGAGGGUCAGACCUGGUCUCUCCCCCCGCCGUGAGCUCCUAGCCUCGUGUGCGAGGCGCACAUGAGACCAGAGCUCCUGGAGCUACAGGCAUGGGGUCGGGAGGAGCCAGCCGCCUGAUGGGGGAAUCCAGGAAGACUUCCUGCAGGAGGCAGCCCCGGAUCUGCAUCUCAGCCUUCCAGAGGGGGAGGGGUUUUCUUUCUAGGGACUAAUUCGUUUGUCUUCGGUGUU